CCGCGCGGCGCAUCCUGCGGGCGGCGGCGGCGGCGGCGGCGGCGGGCGCGGCGCCGGCAGUCGGGCGCAAGAUGAUGAAGUUUCGGUUCCGGCGGCAGGGCGCCGACCCGCAGCGCGAGAAGCUCAAGCAGGAGCUUUUCGCCUUCAACAAGACGGUGGAGCAUGGCUUUCCCAAUCAGCCCAGCGCCCUGGCCUUCGACCCUGAACUUCGCAUCAUGGCCAUUGGCACCAGGUCUGGGGCUGUCAAGAUCUAUGGUGCACCUGGCGUGGAGUUCACAGGCCUGCACCGGGAUGCAGCCACCGUCACACAGAUGCACUUCUUGCCCGGCCAGGGCCGCCUCCUGACCCUGCUUGAUGACAGCAGCCUGCAUCUCUGGGAGAUUGUCCACCAUAAUGGCUGUGCCCACCUGGAAGAGGCACUCAGCUUCCAGCUGCCCAGCCGGCCCGGCUUUGAUGGUGCCAGCGCUCCGCUCAGCCUUAUCCGAGUCACAGUGGUCCUGCUGGUGGCUGCCGGCGACAUAGCAGCCCUGGGCACUGAGGGCAGCAGUGUCUUCUUCCUGGAUGUUACCACCCUGACCCUGCUCGAGGGGCAGACGCUUGCCCCAGGCGAGGUUCUGCGCAGCGUGCCAGAUGACUACCGCUGUGGGAAGGCGCUGGGCCCCGUGGAGUCACUCCAGGGACACCUGCGGGACCCCACAAAGAUUCUCAUUGGCUACAGCCGGGGCCUGCUGGUCAUCUGGAACCAGGCCUCGCAGUGUGUGGACCACGUCUUCCUGGGGAACCAGCAGCUGGAGAGCCUAUGCUGGGGGCGUGAUAGCAGCACUGUGGUCAGCUCACACAGUGAUGGCAGCUAUGCUGUCUGGUCUGUGGAUGCCGGCAGCUCCCCAACGCUGCAGCCCACGGUAGCCACCACACCUUACGGCCCCUUUCCCUGCAAGGCCAUUAACAAGAUUCUGUGGCGGACCUGUGAGUCUGGGGGCCACUUUAUCAUCUUCAGCGGUGGCAUGCCCCGUGCCAGCUAUGGUGACCGCCACUGUGUAAGUGUGCUUCGAGCCGAGACAUUGGUGACGCUGGACUUCACCUCCCGCAUCAUCGACUUCUUCACAGUGCACAGCACGCGGCCUGAGGAUGAAUUUGAUGACCCCCAGGCCCUGGCUGUGCUGCUGGAAGAGGAGCUGGUGGUGCUGGACCUGCAGACUCCUGGCUGGCCAGCUGUGCCUGCCCCAUACCUGGCCCCGCUGCACUCAUCUGCAAUCACUUGCUCGGCCCACGUGGCCAAUGUGCCCGCCAAGCUGUGGGCCCGCAUUGUGAGCGCUGGCGAGCAGCAGAGCCCCCAGCCUGUCUCCAGUGCCUUGAGCUGGCCCAUCACUGGGGGCCGAAACCUGGCCCAGGAGCCAUCUCAGCGAGGGUUGCUGCUGACCGGGUAGGUGUGCGUGCUUAUGUGGGUGAGUGGGCUCCUUGCUGUUGGGAGAGAACCCAUCCUGGGCCUGGUGGGUGCAGAGGUGCCAGGAGACUCAGGCCUGGCCCCUAGUGGGACCAGGUAGUUCCUCCUCGCCCAAGGUGGAUUGGAAUGAAACCUCUCUGGACCUUGGUUCAAGUUGCUGCCCUGAUCUGCCUUUUGGCCUGGAACUGAGCUCUACCAAACCCCAGGGCUCCACCCGCCCAGCCUGCCUGCCCUGGGACUGGAAAAUCUGGGCUGGCCCACGCUGAACUGCCCAGGGAAGGUGCCAGAGAGCCCAGCCUGGGCCUGGCGGGCGCUGACGUGCCCGGUGACUCAGACCUUAACUUCCUGCCCUGCCCCUACUCCCGCCUGUGCUGGGACCCUCAGGCCUCUGACUCCAGUGUGCCCUUCCCUGCUGAAGAGCUUGCUGUGGCUUUCAGGGCUGCCAGAGUGAGUCUUAACCACCCCACAGUCACACAC